AUGGCCACACUGGCCAUCGUCACCCACCCGGCAAACAUGAUUAUGACAAUUGUUCCCCAAGCCGUUACCGCCUUGGCCAGCUUUGAGAGAAUCCAGGACUAUCUUCUCGAAGGAUCCUUCACCGAUCAGAGACGAGUGGUCGGAUCGCCACCCGGUUCGGAGAACCCGAUACUGCACGAUCUGUCUAUGUCCAUGAACAAGGGUACCAUUACAAUCUGCUCGGGGCCUGUUGGAAGCGGCAAGACCGCACUAGCAAGAGCCUGCGACCAGAGUACUUGGCUACCGCAUGGCACCAUCAGGGAGUUGAUCAGUUCUUUCGCCGAGGAUGUGGACCUUCAAAGGUAUCACGAGGCCGUCACGGCCUGCUGCUUAGAGCAGGAUCUCGCCAGCUUGCCGCACCACGACGGCACGGUUGUUGGCACCCAAGGCAUCAAUCUAUCUGGCGGACAGCGACAGCGCUUGGCUCUGGCACGACUACUGUACUCUCAACCUGAGGUCGCUAUCCUGGACGAUCCAUUUGCUGCCUUGGAUGGCACCACAGAAGCCACAGUCGUGGAGAACUUGAUAGGGGAGCAUGGCUGGCUGCGCAGACACAAAACAACUGUGUUCCUGGCCACGAACUCAGCCCAGUAUUUCCAUUUCGCGGACCAGAUAGCUGUCCUUGACGGAGGCCAACUAAAGUCCCUGGGAUCAUGGCAGGAACUGAAGAGCCAGCUUACAGAAAUACGCAAGUUUACGUUCGGCGACGAUGAUGAGGAAAAGGCCGCCGUUAUUCACCACCAGAGUCCGCAAGAACAGGCAAAGGCCCUCAGGAACCGUGACGCGGAGCAGGAUUUGUAUCGAAGGACAGGUGACUUUUCUCUUUAUGGAUACUACGUCAGAUCUACUGGGGUUUGGAGUGCGUUGCUCGUCAUUGGCUGCACUUCUAUCUACUCCUUCUUCAUCACCGUCCCGGCAUAUUGGCUGAAGUGGUGGACGGGGAGUGAGCCGGGCCAACUCUCAUACUAUGCAAGCGGUUACGUCCUUCUCGCAGUCGUGGCCUGGGCGGCGACAAGUGGGACUAUGUGGAGUAUGUCCAUGCAGCUAGCGAUACGAUCUGGACGAAAUCUGCAUCAGUCGCUGCUAACGGCAGUCAUGGGAGCCCCCUUUUCAUUCUUUUCCACCACGGAGAUUGGAGUCACAAUCAACCGUUUUGGCCAGGAUAUCUCGCUGGUAGACAGGAACCUGCCACACUCAUUCAUGACUCUAUGCACCCAGGUAUUCAAGCUUUCAGCGCAAAUAUUGGUCCUCUUACAAAGGUGGCUCAACCUUGUCCUGGAUUUGACCGCCAGCGCCAUCGCCAUUGGCAUUAUUGGCCUCGCCGUUGGACACCCCAGCUCAAUGUCUGGCGCGGACGUGGGCGUCGCCCUCAACCUGAUUCUUGUUGCUAACAACACCCUCAUAUCACUGGUGUACUCGUGGGCCGGCUUAGAGAUGUCUCUUGGUGCGGUCGCGCGCAUACGUGAUAUCGACCUGCAUGCUCCUAGAGAGGAUCUGCCUACGGAGAGCACCGUGCCAGACGCCACAUGGUCUCAGAAAGGCGAACUUUGUCUGGACAAUGUCACAGUCUACCAGGGCUCAAACCACGCUGUUGUGCGAGAUGUAAAUCUCCACAUCCGUGGUGGCCGAAAGGUUGUGAUGUGCGGUCGCACGGGAAGCGGCAAGAGCUCACUUCUGAUGGCUCUGCUGCGUUUGACAAACUACACCGGUUCCAUUACCAUUGACGGCCUGGACGUCUCGCUCAUGCCGCGCUCUGUCCUUCGUCGGCAAUGUUUCAUCACGAUUGCCCAGGACUCGACCGUGAUUCCCGAAGCGACGUUGGCGUUCAACCUCAAUCCGUCCUCGCUAGCCAGCGAAGAAGUCUUGCGCGAGGCCCUAGAGAAGGUGGGCUUGCGGCAGGUAUUGUCUUCGGACGGUGGUGGGACGGAAACCGAUGUGCUGGAAAGAACAUUGUCCUCGCUUCUGCCUCUGUCGGUCGGUCAAUUGCAGCUCCUGGCGAUGGCCCGUGCCAUCGUCCAAAAGCGAUGCUCCCGUGCAAGCACCCCCUUUAUCGACCACGACGGGAUGCACGAAGCCAGACCAAUUGUCCUCCUUGACGAAGCGAUGUCCUCGUUGGACCCAGCCACGGAAGCAACCAUCUACGACCUGAUCGAGAGCGAGUUUGUGGACGCUGGACACACAGUCAUCAUUGUCGCGCACCGGCUGAGCGCGCUCUCGGGCAAGCUGAGGCCCGGGACGGAUCUUGUUGCGUUUCUUGACCGGGGAUGCGUCGCGCAGGUCGGCACUUAUGAAGAUUUGGCGGAAUUUGUCACGACGGCGGAAGAGGCAUCGAGCAGAUAA